GUUGCCAGACUUGCGUAUGGUGAUUGUGACGGACAGCAGACAGCCAGGGAUGCUCCACGUAGAGGAUGUGAUGCAAGCAGGAGAGAGUCGACACCACAAAGAGCUGAUGGAUCUGCACAGCAAACUGUCCUUCGAUGAGCCCAUCAACAUCCAGUUCACAUCAGGGACUACAGGAAGUCCAAAGGCAGCCUGUCUUUCCCACCACAAUAUCGUAAACAAUGCUUACUUUAUGGGUCUCCGAAUUGGUUAUGAACGGAGGCCUCAGGUGCGAGUUUGUGUGCCCGUACCCAUGUACCACUGCUUUGGCUCUGUGCUGGGUGGGAUGUGUAUGGCAGUCCAUGGCAUCACGCUGGUCUUCCCUUCCACUGGCUACAACAGCCAAGCCAACCUAGAGGCCAUUCAGAGUGAAAG